AUGACAUCGUCUAUAACAAAAACGAUACCCUAUGAUAGGUAUUACAUUGUUUUUAUAAUAUUAUUACUACAUGGCAUUGGUACAUUAUUACCAUGGAAUAUGUUAAUCAAUGCAAAUAGUUAUUUUGUAGAUUACAAGCUAUCAGUGCCAAAGUCAAGCCCAACAUUAGAUAACUUUCGGACAAACUUUCUCUCAUAUCUGGGUAUUGCUUCAAAAGCGCCAAAUAUUUUGCUACAACUUAUCAAUUUGUUUGCUAAUACAUCACACGGAUCGCUAUCAACGAGAAUAACAGUAACACUUGUAAUCCAAGCGCUAGUAUUUGUAUUUACGAUAAUACUGGCAAUAAUCGAUACGACGGAAUGGGCCGAAAUAUUUUUCUGGUUAACAAUGGCGUCGGCAGUGGUCAUCAAUGUAGCCAACGGUGUCUAUCAGGGCUGUGUGUAUGGGGCGGCGGCCAAAUUGCCAAUGAAAUACACUAAUGCCGUUUCCAUUGGUAUGAAUCUAAGCGGAACCAUAGCCUCGUUGUUUAUGAUCGGCUCGAUUGCAGUCUCGCCGUCGGCCAGAGUGGCGGCCAUUAUCUUCUUUUCGUGCGCUGUUUUCAUACUAAUUCUGUGUGUAAUCUCAGAGGUUUUCAUUAAAAACAAUACUUUCUACAUAUAUCAUACGGAAAAAAAGAUUGAAUCAGAAAUCUUCGACAACAAUGCCAAAGAUCAGACAUCAGAUGGACUAAUACUUGUCGAUGAUAAUCAAAUUGAGGCAAACAAUUAUAUUAAUAACAGCAACAAAACAAACAAUAAAAACAAUAGUAAUAAUAAUAUUAAAGACACGGAUGACCUGAAAGGUCUUGCCCUCUAUAAGCACGUAUUAUUCAAGAUAUGGCUACAGUUGUUGAACAUUAUACUCAUUUAUUAUGUCUCACUAUCACUAUUCCCGGCACUGAUAGCCGAUAUCAAGUCGAUGAACAACACACUAAACGAGAAAUACUUUUCUCCGGUAUUUUGUUUUUUAGCGUUCAAUAUGUUUGCCACUGUCGGCAACUUUAUAGCCCAACGUUUUCAACGGCCAGGACCUAACUAUGUGAUUAUUUUUACACUAUUACGUCUACUAUAUAUACCGUUUUUUCUAUAUUGCAAUUAUCAACCAACUAAUGUAAACCGAUCUCUACCGGUUGUCAUUAAAAAUGACUGGAUAUUUAUUGUCGGUGUCGUUACUAUGGCCAUGUCCUCCGGCUACCUGUCCAGCUUGUGUAUGAUGUAUGCGCCCCGUUGUGUGCAACCCGGUUACGCAUCGAUAGCCGGCAUGAUGGCAGCCCUAACCAUAAUAUUAGGCAUUUUGUUGGGUAUUAACUUUUCAUUGGUUUACCCAUUAAUAGUAUAAUUGUUUUUAAUUAAAAUAAAUCUUUUAA